AUGGCGUCCCCUGUAGUUUCUCUCUUGCUCUAUUUUGUUCUUUCUUCUCUCUUCCUCCUCCUCCCUUUCCUUUCUCAGGCAACUUCCCCCUUUGGGUCCUUCAAGCUGGAGAGCUUUAGGGCUUUCAAGCAUCUGGAGGGGUCUAAAAAGGGAGACAAAAUGGAAGGCAUCCAGAAGGUGAAGCAGUACCUUCAACGUUAUGGAUACCUGAGCUCUACCCAUUAUUCCCAAACCAACACUGAUGAGUUUGAUGAUGCCUUGGAGUCUGCCAUUAAAGUCUUCCAGACCUUUUACCAUCUGAACCCCACCGAAAUCCUAGACAUUCUUGAGACUCUGACAGUCACGCAGAUGUCCAGGCCAAGAUGUGGGGUCCCUGACCACCCCCUGGCUCAAACACUAUCAACCCCCAUGGCCAUAACCAUCUCAAUAUAG